UUGUGCGCUGUCUGUCCUGGUCGAUGUGCAGCUUUCGGAGUGAGGAGACGCCCAACCUACGCCGUCCUGAGAGGAACGGCUGGCGAUUUCACCUACAGUACCAACUUCGCUGCGUCUGGAGGCCCCGCCAGGCCCGUCAAGGUGUGGAACAGCGACGACAAGUUCACCACACCCUUCUCCUUGGAGGUGCAGCAGCAGUGGUUCCAGCGCUACAAGAUCCGGCUCUGGUUCUACGAAUCGCCCGUGUACAACCCCAACGGGCGACUCGUCCAAAGCCUCCCCAAGCUCGCCAACAUCAGUGCGUCCUUGUACACGGUGUGGGCUGGAUACCAAGACUACUUCUUCAGCCUGUACGACAAGAAAAUCACGGUGGGGCAGACCUUGAAGAUCGUGCCUGACGUGGUGAAGGCCAUCGAGGAGCACAUUGAGAAGAUGCUGGCGGUGGUGGAGUACACUCCUCCGGGCUUCCCCUCAAUGCUGAUGCCCCCGGCAAAGGAGAUCCUGAUCCAGAACCAGCUUCCCCUGGGUUGCGUUCCCGCCAUGCUCACCCUGUACGGCGGAUCCAAGGCCAAGUACGACGAGUACGGAUGUUUGAGCAGCCUCAACAAGAUCUCCGAGGCUCACAACACGCUGCUGGGCCUGAAGGUGGAGGAGUUGCGCAAAAAGUACCCGGAUGCCAAGCUCUACUACGGCGAUGUGUAUGCCGUGUACACCGACAUCCUCAAGGAGCCCGCCAAAUACAAUGUGACGGCUCCACUGAAGGCGUGCUGCGGAGUGGGAGGAGACUACAACUUCAACAAGGACGUGUGGUGCGGCCAGAGCGGAACGGUGGAGGGCAAGUUUGUGAACUUGUCUACCUUUUGAGCAGAUUCACUUGUGAAGAGGACGAGCCUCUUCAGGAGAACACAAGGUCCUUGAUUGCAAGUGGGUUAUAAGAAGCACAAUGUUGUCCAAAUGAAGUCAAAUAUGAAAGAAUAGCCAAAGGCUAAAUACCAAAUUUAGACUAAUUUC